AUGGAUGACCCUCACCUCCUCGACUUCUCCGAUUACAGCAUCACAACCACCCCUUUCUCAGACGAUGAGUGGAACCUCUUCUCCCCACUUGUCGAUUGGGACUCCUUCACCACCCUCAUGGACGACACUGUCGUUUCCACUCCAGAUCAACUCACCCUCGACCAAGAAUCAAGCGUUGUCGUUUGCGACGACCAAAAGGGCCUGCGCCUGGUGCACCUCCUCAUGGCGGCGGCGGAGGCCCUCACCACCGGCACCCAGAGCCACCACCUGGCUCGAGCGAUAUUGGUUCGGCUCAAUGACUUGGUCACCCCCAAUAGCGGCACCAAUAGCGGCACCAACAUGGAGAGGCUCGCCGCGUAUUUUACCCUCGCCCUCCACUGUCUGCUAGAUGGCGCCGCUGGUGCGCACAGUGUAGAUCACCUCCACCUAACGGACACACUCACCGCUUUCCAACUUCUUCAAGACAUGUCCCCUUACGUCAACUUCGCCCACUUCACCUCCAACCAGGCCAUCUUGGAAGCUGUGGCCCACGAAAGACGGGUCCACAUCAUCGACUAUGAUGUAAUGGAAGGGGCCCAAUGGGCCUCGCUCAUUCAGGCUCUUUCGUCUAAAAAAGAUGGCCCACCUGGCCCGCACCUCCGCAUCACCGCACUCUCCAGAACCGGUGUGAAUGGACGGAAAGUUUCGUCCAUCGGCACCGUUCAGGAUACCGGACGGAGGUUAACGGCGUUUGCGGCUUCCGUUGGGCAACCGUUUUCGUUUCACACGUGUAGAUUGGACCCCGACGAAAAGUUUCGGGCUUCUUCUCUGAAGCUGGUUCGUGGAGAGGUGUUGGUGUUUAACUGUAUGAUGCAUUUGCCUCAUCUUAGUUACCGGGCUGGCGAUUCCGUAGCUUCGUUUUUGAAGGGGGCAAAGGAGUUAUGCCCGAGGGUUGUGACCCUGGUGGAGGAGGAGGUGGAGCCCGUUGGGGAUACGGGCUUUGUGGGCCUGUUCAUGGACUCGCUCCACCACUAUUCAGCGGUGUUUGAUUCGCUUGAGGUGGGGUUUCCGAUGCAGAGAUGGGCGGGGGCUUUGGUAGAGCGAGUGUUCUUGGGCCCGAGAAUAAGGGGGUCGGUGGGGCGGAUGUACAGGAGUGGAGAGGAGGAGAGAGGGUCGUGGGUGGAGUGGUUGGGUGCGGUGGGGUUCAGGGGAGUUCCCAUAAGCUUCGCUAAUCAUUGCCAAGCGAAUCUCUUGUUGGGAUUGUUCAACGAUGGUUAUAGGGUGGAAAAGAUGAGGAACAACAAGUUGGUGUUGGGAUGGAAAUCAAGGCGUUUGCUUUCUGCCUCUGUUUGGAUUUCCCCCUCUUGA